AUGCCUUCAGAUUUGUUCCCUGAAGUUGGCUUGGUGGUGACUGGUGUCACUGCCUUCCUCUGCAUUUUCACACUGUUUCUUCUGACUCUGCGCCUACAUCAGAGGAAAACCCUUCCAUCCAACCUGCCUCCAGGACCCAGAGCUUGGCCUGUGGUGGGAAACCUCUUCCAGAUGGGGGAACAGCUGCACCUUUCCCUUACACACCUGGGGGCUGUUUACGGGGACGUUUUCCGGGUGAAGAUGGGUUCACUGGAAGUGGUGGUGCUGAGCGGCCUCUCCACUAUCCGGCAGGCUCUGGUGCGGCAGGGUGAGGCCUUCGCAGGCCGCCCGGAGCUCUUCACCUUCACUGCGGUGUCAGACGGCAACAGCAUGACCUUCAGUGAGAAGUACGGUGAAGCCUGGACGCUCCAUAAGAAAAUCUGCAAGAACGCCCUGAGGACAUUCUCACAAGCCAAGGCCCGGAACUCUAGCUCCUCCUGCCUGCUGGAGGAGCGCAUCUCUGAAGAGGUGCUGGAGAUGGUGGAGGUCUUACGGGAGCAGGGAGAAAAAGUUGGAGACGAGGGCCUGGACCCAACCGCCCUGCUGGCUAUAUCUGUGGCCAACGUGGCAUGUGCUCUAUGCUUCGGCAAACGUUACAGUCACAAUGAUGAGCAGUUUCUCACUAUUGUGAACAUCAAUAACGAGGUGCUGAAGAUCUUCGCCUCUGGAAACCUGGCUGACUUCUUCCCCAUCUUCCGUUACCUACCCAGUCCAUCCCUGCGCAAGGUGGUGCAGUACAUCCACAGGAUGAACUGCUUCAUGGAGGACCACAUCAAGGAGCACCUCCUCAGCUUUGAUAAGAACUGUAUUCGGGACAUCACAGACGCCCUGAUAGAGCUGUGUGAGGAUCGGCAGGAGGACAGAGACAAAGCUAUGCUUACAGAUUCGCAGAUCAUACACACUGUCAUCGACAUCUUUGGAGCAGGGUUUGACACCAUCAUUACAGGUCUGCAGUGGAGUCUGCUGUAUCUCAUCAAGUUUCCACACAUCCGGACCCGAAUCUGCCAGGAGAUCGAUGAUCAGGUCGGGUUAAACAGGCUUCCGACAUUUGAGGACAAAGCGAAAAUGCCGUACACAGAAGCCUUCCUUUACGAAGUAUUUCGCCAUGCGUCCUACAUGCCUUUCACCCUCCCACACUGCACUACUGAAAACAUCACUCUCAACGGAUACUUCAUCCCCAAGGAUACCUGUGUCUUUAUUAAUCAGUAUCAAGUCAACCAUGACCCGGAGAUCUGGAGUGAUCCCGAUUCGUUCCAGCCAGAGCGUUUCCUCAGCCCGUCCUCUCAGAUUAAUAAAGACGUGGUUGAGAAGGUGCUGAUCUUUGGGAUGGGGAAGCGGCGAUGUGUGGGAGACAGGUUCGCUCGUCUGGAGAUGUUCAUGUUCCUGACAACCGUCCUCCAGCGCCUGCACAUCGAGAGCGCCUCGGCUCAGGAGCUCAGCCUCAGCACCACCUUCGCUCUGACCAUGAAGCCCAGACCCUACCGGAUCAAGAUUUCCCCUCGCAGCUAGAACAUCACCGGUCCUACACUGAGAAAAAUGAUGAGUAAAAUUUACUUAAAAAAAGUUUCGCAAUUUUCUGCAUUUGCUUUUUUUAAGUAAAUUUAAUUUCAGAUAAAUUUAAGUGACUUCAACUCUGUUAAAGUUUACUAAAAGAAAGGAUUGAUUCAGUAAAAAUAAAUGAAGUAAAGUUUACUAAAAGAAAGGAUUGAUUCAGUAAAAAUAAAUGAAGUAAAGUUUACUAAAAGAAAGGAUUGAUUCAGUAAAAAUAAAUGAAGUAAAGUUUACUAAAAGAAAGGAUUGACUGAAGUUCAGUUCACUUAUUUACUCUGUGU